AACGACACGACUCUUCAGAAGAGGGCACAUUUUAACCAGAUGCAGGGCAAUAAAUGGCAAAGGAAGCGUGUCACCCACUGAGACACAUUCAGAUGUUAAAGCGUGUAAAGGAGGAGUUUGAGAUCUUUAAACAUGUUAAUUUUACACGCGUCUGUCUGAGCUGUAUAUAAGCGAUCUGCUCAGAUAUCACGGGACUCAAGAGUUUAUGGACACACUUGAAGAGACUGUCAGGAUGCAUGAAGAAACUGGCAAUUCACCAGUGCUGGGAAAAACCUCUUUUUCCAUCGCAGACAUUCUGGAUCCCUCCAAAUUUACCGGGAAACAUGACGAGACGCACGUCAACACGCGGGAAAACUCAAACAGUGCAAAGACGACGGAAUCUGAAAACCCAGCUGAUUCAAACAGUGUUUCCGUCGCGAAGGGGAAAUCGAAGCGGAUCCGCACAGCGUUCACACUGGAUCAGCUGCGCAUCCUGGAGCGAAGCUUCCAGAACAGCCACUAUCUGUCAGUGUUUGAGCGCCACUGCAUCGCCACGGCCCUCCGUCUGUCCGAAACACAGGUCAAGAUCUGGUUCCAGAACCGACGCACCAAAUGGAAAAAGGAACAAGAAGGUCAUGGAGGAGAGGAGCAGAAGCACUGCGCACAUCCAGCGUUCAUGCAAAACUCUUGUAUUUAUGCGCUGCCUGGACAUCACGCAAACCCUGUGCAUUAUUACACACCACCUCACCAUCACCACACCCUCGUGAUGUUCUGAUCUCAUUUUACUGUCUGCUUCUUUUGGGAUGAGACCAAGAGACUGAUCCUGAAGAAUCAAGAAUUUUAAAAUCUGUAAAUUAGAACCCUUAAAUGUUCUUGAAGCAUUUCCGUUGAAGAAAAGUUUAUUUUAGGGAAUGAAUGAACACUAGCAAUAUAUUUAAUGUAAUAUUUAAUGUCUUUUUUUUUUGUAAUAAUAUGUAUAAUGUCUUUUACAUUUGUAUUUUAUACCACAUUUUAAAAGUAAGUGAAUGUAAGAGGCACAAUAAAGUUUAUAUUUU